UAUUUGGCAUUGCAGGUUUCACAACGCAGCGAGUGACUUUAACUGGUAGUGUUUACGCUGUUGAUGGGAACGGAUGCAUGCCUAACACGUGGAGUUUGCCGGUGCAUGACGACAGAGGUUUCUGGCGUCGCGGCACGCUAUUCUGGCCAAAUUUCGUCCAUUGCGCAUUUAGCACUCAGCGGUGUUGCAGUGACAAGUCAAUUGGAAUUGUAGUCAUACGUGACUAAAAUGUAAAGUUUGCUAAUACUGAUGUGUGAACUGUAUCUCCUCUGCAUUGAAAUUCUGGCUUGUGAAUUGACUUUAGGCGACACUCUGAGCAAGCUAUUGAAUGAAGGUGUGACUACGAAAUAAGAAGCAUCUCUCGUUCAUUUGGCAACUCAACUCACCAGUGUUGGUGUGAUUGCCAAUUGACACUGUGGCCACUGAAUGUAGAUGUUGUCAGUGCCUUUUACUGUGUCAAUUGACCCUCAGUAUGUCGCCUCAACCAUAAUGUUGUGCCUUGUGAAUUAACAGGCAAUAAGAAGAUGCUAUGUGGCGAGUGAUGAUUAAAGUGGCGACUGAGUAUGGAGAUGUGACGACUGAAUUAAGAAGCUACCAAUCAUUAAAUCACAUUAUUCUUGGCGUGUGAUCGGAUAAUAUAUGGCAACUUGAUUGACAUGAUGUUUUGAACUCCGUGGCAAACAGUUUACCAUCGUGAACAACUAGUGAAUUUGCUCGACAACAUGGCGUUCACUACGUUACAGCCUCUACCGGAUUAUCUGAAGGCAACCAACUACACAGUGCUGUACCAGGACAAACCACCCACACGAUGGGACGACGCGACGUGGAUUCUCACGAGUGCCUUCAUUAUCUUCACCAUGCAGUCUGGAUUCGGCCUCUUGGAGUCGGGCAGUGCCUCACAGAAGAACGAGGUGAACAUCAUGGUGAAGAACGCAGUGGAUGUCUUAUUUGGCGGGAUAUCAUACUGGAUGUUCGGUUACGGACUCAGCUUCGGUCAUGAGAAUUCCAACCCCUUCGUGGGCGUGGGGGAUUUCUUCAUGGACCGCGAAAGCUCGGACGACGAUCUGGGAGACGACUUCGCCCACUUCUUCUUCCACGCCUCCUUCGCCACCACGGCCACCACCAUAGUGAGCGGUGCUAUGGCAGAGAGAACGAAACUUGAGACGUAUAUAGUCUUUUCCUUCCUGAACACCGUGGUGUACUGCAUCCCAGCCCACUGGAUGUGGGGGGAAGACGGGUGGCUGAAGACCAUGGGCGCGGUCGAUAUCGCCGGAGCGGGGGCGGUGCAUAUGGUGGGCGGUGUCACGGGGCUCGUGGCUACUUUGAUCCUGAAGCCUCGGACGGGCAGAUUUGUCGAGGGAUGCGAAGCACCCCAGAUGGGAUCGGCUACCAACGCCAUCUUCGGACUCUUCAUGUUGUGGUGGGGCUGGCUCGGAUUUAACUGUGGCAGUACCUACGGGAUUACUGACAAGAAAUGGAUACUGGCUACACGAUCGGCAGUCGCAACGAUCACAGCUUCGAUAGGAGGAGGUAUGUCCGCGAUAUUCCUGAGUUAUGUAACAAGAAGGAAGAAGUUCGAUGUGUCUUACAUCAUCAGUGGUAUCCUUGGGUCGCUGGUGGCCAUAUCAGCCUUUUGCGCUCUUGCGCAGCCGUGGCACGGUCUAGUCAUCGGCAUCGUGGGUGCGAUCAUAGCGUGUCUCGGCUGCAAAGCCACCGAGAGACUUCGCAUCGACGACCCGGUGGGCGUGGUGCCCGUUCACGCUCUAGCCGCCAUCUGGGGGCUACUCGCCGUCGGAAUAUUCGGCGAUGAAGACAACCUGGGAACGAAGGUGCCUCUGAAUACCAAGAAAGGUUUAAUUGCGGGCGGUGGCUGGGAGUUGUUAGGUGUCCAGGCACUUGCCUGCGUCUCCAUAGUCGUAUGGACGGCCGUGACGUCAUACAUCUGCCUCAUCUUAUUGGACGUUACCAUGGGCCUGCGCGUACCACUGCACGAGGAGUUGCUAGGCGCCGACAUAGUGGAGCACUCUCUCAACGGCUCGUAUGAUAAGAGGACCGGAGAAUGGCGCGAUCACCAUGGAAACAUCUUGGCCGUGAUCAAAAAGGGAAAAACCGAGGAGCACUAUUUGAAGGUGAUCCGUGAGGUGCAUGAAGGCUUGCGGAGGGGGGACUCGCCUUCGGGCGCAUCAUCGACCAAGAAAUCGGCGUUCGGGUUCCGCCGCAGCGAUACCAGUGAAAGUGACAUACGGGCGUUCAUGAACGGUCGUCAGGGGAACGGGGCUCCGGGGAGCCCCGGGGAACCAGCGAGGGAAAGCAGUGGUGAAGGAACAAAGCUGAGACGGCGAGUGCAGAACGGGAACCGACAGAGGAAUAAACUGUGGCGGGGCUGGACACCGGGUACCAGGCAACGUGGCAGGUCAGGUGACGAGGGAAGAGUGAAUGCGAUUGGGUUGCAGGUAUAGAUUUGCAACACGUGACCUAUCAUUGUUGGCAGUGGCAACGAACUUGUAAGAUUAAUUGAACUUGAUGAGAAAUUCUCGAUGAACAUUUUUAGAUUUAAAAUGUAUAAGUCAUUCAACUUGAUUACAGCUAAAUUGCUAAAAAAAAAUGACGGCAUAUUAAAAUGAAUCAAAACAUGCACUUAAAUGUCUUGCUUUUUUCGUUGCUUUCUGUGGAAAUAAAUUAUCGGAAUAAAUGCUGGAAAGAGCACUGACAAAAAAAAAAAAGAAGUCUGUCUUACAAUGACGAUAUUAGAUGUGGAGACUGGGCAUAAUGGUGUUCAAAGUGUGGCACUUUGAGAAGUGUUCAUCGGUCAUUUUCAAUUAUUGAAAAAUAAUAAAAGUUCCAUUACUCGACAUGAGAAAAUAUUACGCCAGAUAUUAUACUUAUUGGAAUUUAUGUGUGCAGAUAAGGCGACUCAAAAAGGAUUUAGAAAAAAACUAACUAGUCAUUUAGUCAAGUACAUUACUUAAUAAUAAUUGUUUUGUGCUGGUGGUGACCGGUCAACCGUGAUAAUCUCCACAAGGAGAUUAAAAGUGGAGAUAAAAUCCAGGUACAGGCUUGGGCAAAACCCGAUUAUAAACUCUGUGCAUGGUUUUCUCUAAAAAGAGGGUUUUACAGCAAAGAAAGAUAAAACAAUUGAUUCGAUAAUGAAGAGACUGCAUACAAAUAUGUUCCUUUUGUUUUGACUGCAAUUAUUUUAUUAUUUCUUUACUGAGUAAUUUCAUUAAUUUUCUGGCUACAGUUCAAAACCAACUUCUUUUAAGGGAGGGAGCUCAGUAUCAUUUUCAUGUCCCAAUGCUGAGACAUCCCACAUUUUUUUCAGUUAAUCUAACAUGAUUAUCACAAACUUUUCAGAGAGUGUUUGGAAAGGGAAGAGAAAUGAAGUUCCCCUGGCCUAGUUGUGUGGGGUUUUUCUCGGAGAAACUAAAUCAAGUUGAUUUUCUUCGUCAUUAAAGUUCACUUUAUCUUCACUUGGACACCUUUAUUUUGUCAAAGUAUGUUUAUCAGUUGAACCAUGCAGCUUGGGCAACUAUGCAAGUUAAACACAAAAAUUAACAAAGCCGGAGCAAGCUAGACUAGUCAUUAUGAACCACGAUAUUGCGGUUUGGGCAACCAUGCAAAUUACACACUAAUAAGCUUGAGCAAGCUAGACAGGUUGUUACAAACCACGUUAUCAAUUAAACCGUGCUUGGUCAACCAUAUGCAAAUUACACACUUAACCUGGAGCAAGCUGGACUAGUUAUUAUAAACCACGUUAACAUUGGUAAUCUCCAAGUAGUAGACUCACAUUAUUUUAUUUUUUUCACGAAAGUCUCGUUUACUGUCUCUCAUAGUGACAAAAAGUUCAUGUUUUUUAUUUACUUUAUGCGAUGGAUUUUUUUACGCAGUAUUACCCAUUAUCGUCUGUAAUACAUUGAAAUACAUUGUAUUACAAUGUGUUUAUUCACUGAAGAAUCAAUACAACCAUAGAGUGCUGGGGUGAUUUCAGGUGCUACAGUAACGAAAAGGUUAACGUGGUAAAAACAAGCCAAAUAGUAUCAUGUGCGUCCACUGAACUUUUCAUGAACCGAUGUUAACUGUGACUUUUAAUUAAAUUUAAGUAAAACAUCAAGCAAGUGGUUAUAUGCAGCUUCAAGCAAAUCACUAUCUACGGCGAUGAACAUGUACAUUUAUCUACAAACCUACAUGUACAUGAAAUUGUUACAAAAACGGACGCACGCAAUACCGUAGUGUAAGGCAUAAAAAAAAACCUUAGAAAGACCAUGAUGGAAUAUAGCCUCAUUAAACGCCCCUCUUCCUUUGUGUUUCGUUUAACUUAGGUUUCUAUCUUGAAAUGUCCAUUGUCAAGCGUGUCUUUUGCACCUUUUCGGUUUUUAAGAUGAUGCAAAUUUUCGUGUUCAUGAGCAAAAUUGUGACGCCAUUCAUGGUAGAAACCAGUCCUUCAGCAUCAUCAUAGAAUGUUUUUAAUGUAUUUAUUGUAUUGUUUUUUUGUUGCUGUGGUAAUUUUUUCUUCCUUUUUGUGAUUUAUUGCAGUCUCAGUACGGUAAAUAAGAGUAAUAUGCGAACUGUA